UGGACUUUAUUGUUGUGAUUUUCGGCACGAAAUCCAGUUUACAGGCUUUUAUUUAAUAUCUCUAAUUAAAGCCGGUACAAAUAUGUCGUGUCACGUGAAACGUGACAUUUCUGGCGUUUGUCUUUGUACGUUAAAUUCAAAUCGUUAACGUCCGUUAGCGUUGCCAUGGCAACCCAAGGGCCGCUUUAAACAGGCUAAUCUAGUUAGCAAGAGUUAGCGGUGACGCGAGAUGUCAAAAAUGUCGUCUUUUGGAGACUUGGAUCGCUUGCGACGACAAAAUAAGGAACUGUUGCAGAAAUUAAAACAUAAAACCGAGAUUUUAGGGCAUUUAGAUUGUGCAGGAAAACAGUCGGGGUUUGUUUUAGCAAAAAGGAGCGCACGUGAACCGACAACUUUACAAGAGGCCAGUGAAAGUUUAUUAAAUGUCUCAGAGGAUUUAAUAAAUCUGAGUGUUAGUGGAAACUGUGCAGAAAAGGCCAGAAGUGCUUUGUGUAAACAGAUAAACAUCACGAAAACUCCAAACCUGGCAGGUGAAAUCUUCAAUCAAGACCGAGGGAACAGUCGCCCACAUGUUCAGGCUAAUCCUACAGGAACGUCAGAGGACGUGUCGGUUUUCUCACAGGACAAGAGUCAAAGAGUCGUGGGCCGGGUCAGGUUUCCUUCUUCAGACGAAGAGCUGGAGACGGUGUCCGAGUCAGAGAGACGACGUGUGCAGCCUUUACUGGGAUAUGACUGGAUAGCUGGCCUGCUGGAUGCUGAGAGCUCCCUGACCGAGCGGUCUGAGCACUUCUUCAGCGAGCUGCGCAGCUUCCGCCAAGUUAAUAAGGAAGAAUGUGUCCACGGCACGUCAUCAUGGUCAGAAGAGAAACCGGUUCGUGUUCCUGCUGACCUCUGGUCACCUUCUGCAGAAGACGGAGUGACUAAGCAUGAGUGUGCCUCAGACGCUCACCAAUGUACAUUCUGCUACCGGAUCAACAGCCGGCUUUUUGCGACUCCUCUGGACCCUCAGACCGCGUGUCCCGUCUGCAAGAUGCCCAAAGAGAAACAUCCACACACGGAGCGCGAGCCUGCGCUUAUUAGGGUCAGCAUUCCACGCUCAACGCUUCUGCCAGCGUAUCGAUACAAAGCUCACCGCCGCUGCAGCUUCGAUCCAUCAGACAGUCUUGGUUUGCCCUCUCAUUGUCUGUCUGGAUGGACAAACAUCUCAAUGGGAGCAGGCUCCAAGAUGAGCAGCCUAGAUCUGAGGAGCUCUAUGAAGAUCAGGCCACAUCCGGUAACAAAGCCUUCAGACCAGGAUGAGAACCAGCUGAUGCCUCCAACAGAUUCACUGGACUGUCCGCCAUGUGAACCCGGCUUCAUCCAAGAGAACUGUAAAUGUGUGAAAUGUGCCAGCGGACAGUUCUGGUCUCAGAGGAACGGAGAGGCCGUGUGUAAAGUGUGCACCGCAUCUUGCUCUGUGAAGAGAAACCAGGUCGAAGUAACCGCCUGCACGGAGAGGACUGACCGUAGUUGCCAGUGCAAGCCUGGGUACUACUGCCCGAGUCCGGUGAACUUAACGUGCAGGAGGGACUGUGAGCCGUGCACCAACGGCUUCACCAACACGUCUAAUCUCAACAGAUUAUGCAUUCCGUACAGGGAUUGUGCGAGUUUAGGGAUGAAGGUGAUUAAAAAUGGAUCUCUCACCAUGGACCGUGUGUGUGGAUACGAGCCCAGCCCGAAGAAGCUCAUCCAAACAUCAGACAGUCCUUCAGUCACGUCUGUAUCUUCUGAGACCAAGGCUCAGCCAGGCAAGAUAGAAGAAAUCGCGGCAACUAAAAGAGGGGGCCCUGGUUCACCAUCGGAGCCCCUUUCAAAGACCACUUGGAUCUUGACGUUUCUGUUGCUCGUGGCUUUGUGUCUACUGUUAUAUCUGUGCAUUAAGUGUAAAACCAGAUCCAUCAAGAACAAGCUCGAGUGGGCAGGUCGGGCCUUUGCAAGAUAUCAGCCCAUGUUCCCCAACUCCAACACGGAGACGCUGAGAUCCGUGAGCGCCACGGAUGCUGCUAGAGACGCCAGAGAGGCCCAGGGUCAGGGUUCCUCUCAGGGGAAUAUUCAGCAGGUCACCAUGGAGCACGUUGGGAAAGCAGAUGGCAUCAACAACACCGUUGGGUCUAUUUUUAUCUACUCCCCCGGGAUGGUGAUCCUCGGCUCGAACUCAAACGAGAAAAAAGAGGAGGCGGAGACGAGCGGGGACGACGGCGGCGAGGUCACCUGUCUCAUGAGCGUGCCUCAGCAGGAAUCCAGCUCCGAGGAAGACAUCAGAGUGGCUACGCAGGAAGAGCUGGGCAAGGAGCUGAGCGUCCCAGUCCCGGCUACAAGCAAAUGAAACGUCCGGGACUAGAACGCCAGCGUCGGCUCAAGCGAAGGAACAUAUAUCUAUAUCAGGACGGGCCUCACGAGACACCGAGUCUCUUUGCUGGGCCAUGGCAUGUAGAAAACCCGUCCUGUUACAACCGAGAGACUAAACUCUUGCCGUGAACAGGGCUGAGUUUGUUUGAAUAGCACUGAGACUUUCAAGGGUUUUUUUUUUCUCUCAGUGUGGGAGGCAGUGUGAAGACCGUGAUGUAAGAAAAACUCCCUAGUUGCAGUGAGAUGUACAGUAAAUAUUAAUUUAAAUAUAUAUAUAUAUAUAUAUAUAUAGAUAGAUAGAUAGAUAGAUAGAUAGAUAGAUAGAGAGAGAGAGAGAGAAUGUUAUCAGGAUAUUAUUAGAAAUAUCACUGUAUUUUGUUUUAGCUAUUAGGCACUUUUGUGCUUGAGUGAAACAGACAGACAUACAGACAGACAGACGGACAGACCUGGGUUUACUGAUGAAGUGUGGGUGCAUCCGUGCACUGAGCUAAAUAUACCUCAGUGUGCUGUAAAAAAAAAAAACCUGAAUGUCAACGUUGCACAUCUCACUCUCGGUUUAUUGUCCGUGUCCUGGCAGAACAGAGGCUCGUCUGUAUUACUGCUGUGCAGUUGUCUUUUUUUUUUUUUUUUUGCCUUUUCACACUGUUCAGAUUUACAGUGUUUUAUUUCAGUAGGGUUUUUAUUAUCCACAGCAUCUUUUAACGUCGCUUAGCGUCCGGCCGAGCAGCUACGGCUCUGGAGCUCUGCUUUAGCUUUCUGGCAGCUCUGGAAUUUACAGUAACUUCAUCACUGAGUCACCAGCAUCCUAUCACAUGGGCACUUCUUUAGAAGUGAGCAGGAAGUCUUUAUCAUUUCAAUCAGAGCUCAUAUUCCUUUUAAAUACUUGGUAUUUUCAUGUUUCUAGGUUGUGUGUGUAUGCAUGCGUGCGUGCGUGCGUGUGUGCACAAGUUUAUAACUAUCUACUGAUUGGGGAAUAAAACGUGCCGUAUCACACUGACAUUUUAUUCCACUUAGACCACUUCCUGUUUUACGUAUUAAAGAAUCUUUUUUAGUUAGAGUUCAUGUUACAGAAUGUCUGUUUACUCACCAGUCAGUGUAAACUCCUCCGACCUGAAGACUUUACCUGUUAGAGCUUUACAUCUGACACUGGAGACUCCUUCCGUAAAUGUUAAACAGACAUCUCCUGAGAGGAAACUUCACCACAUCACUGAUGACGCUGUGCAUCUACAGACUCUACAGAUGCUGAUGUACGUUUGUUGUUGAUCUGCAUACGAAGGGGAAACGUAGUUUAUUUUGGAAAGUCUUCUAGUUUUCAGAUCUUGUCAAAAUUUCACCAUGUGAAGGGUUUUCCCAGGGCAUCACACACACACACACACACACACACACACACACACACACACACACACACACACACAUACACAGAGGAUGGUGUUUCUGUCAUUUGUUAAUUUUACCUCACACCUCUGUAUGGAAAUCUGACUCAGGGAGCGUUAAACACCAGCUCAUGUUGCUAUGUGAACAUAAACAUGUGCACGCACACAAACAGCUUCGUUUACUAUAAAAGAUGUCAGAGGACGAUGACGUGCUCGGACAAUUACUGCUGCAGAACCUGUAUAUUUAUAUUGUAACAUAUUUUCAGAGGCUUAGUAGCUAUUGUUAAAUAAAUCACUGAGAUAUUCAGCGGCACAUUUAGACUGCAAUCCUACAGGUCACCAAUGGCCUGUCACUAAUGCCAGCUAGUUUCCUAGUAGUGACCUUGCUGGCUAUUGAGAAGGCUGGCUAUCUAGCUGGAGAGCUGAUGUUCAUGAUGGUUAUAAUGGCUAUCCUGCUGUU